UGAGCGUAUGUAUUAAGAGCUGGCGAGAAGAGGCGGAAAUGCGAGGGGAAGCUUGCUGAAGGCGCCCUGGUUCCUUUAGCCGACGAGUUUCCGUCCGAAUUGUGGGGCGGUCGCGAUUCCUCCCUGGUCGGGAUUCUACGCCGCGAGACAAGAUGCUCAAGUCCAAAACGUUCUUAAAAAAGACCCGCGCGGGCAGCGUGGUGAAGAUCGUGCGCGAGCACUACCUGCGGGACGACAUCGGCUGCGGGGCGCCGGCUUGCUCAGCCUGCGGCGGGGCGCAGGCGGGCCCGGCCCUGGAGCCGCAGCCCCGCGACCAGGAGAGCAGCCUCUGCCCGUGGCCGCACUACCUACUGCCGGACACCAACGUGCUGCUGCACCAGAUUGACGUUCUCGAGGACCCUGCCAUCAGGAAUGUAAUUGUGCUACAGACAGUCUUGCAAGAAGUGAGGAACCGGAGUGCCCCCAUAUAUAAGCGAAUCAGGGAUGUGACUCAUAACCUGGAGAAGCAUUUCUAUACCUUCACUAACGAACACCAUAAAGAAACCUACAUAGAACAAGAACAGGGAGAAAAUGCUAAUGACAGAAACGAUCGAGCCAUUCGAGUGGCAGCAAAAUGGUACAAUGAACAUUUGAAGAAAAUGUCAGCAGAAAAUCAGCUACAAGUUAUCCUUAUAACAAAUGACAAGAAAAACAAAGAAAAAGCUGUACAAGAAGGGAUACCAGCUUUCACAUGUGAAGAAUACGUAAAGAGCCUAACUGCUAAUCCUGAGCUUAUAGAUCGCCUUGCUUGCUUGUCUGAAGAAAUGAAUGAAAUAGAAAGUGGAAAAAUAAUAUUUUCAGAGCACCUUCCCUUAAGCAAGCUCCAACAAGGUAUAAAAUCUGGUUCAUACCUUCAAGGAACAUUCAGAGCCAGCAGGGAAAAUUACUUAGAAGCUACAGUAUGGAUUUAUGGAGACAAAGAAGAUGAAAAAGAGAUACUUGUACAAGGACUUAAACAUCUAAACAGAGCUAUUCAUGAAGACAUUGUGGCUGUGGAACUUCUGCCCAAGAGUCAGUGGGUGGCACCAUCUUCUGUGGUUUUACAUGACGAAGGUCAAAAUGAAGAUGACGUGGAGAAAGACGAAGAGAGAGAACUCAUGCUUAAGACUGCCGUAAGUGAACAAAUGUUAAGGCCAACUGGUAGAGUUGUAGGAAUAAUAAAAAGGAAUUGGAGACCAUAUUGUGGCAUGCUUUCCAAGUCUGAUAUUAAAGAGUCAAGAAGACAUCUCUUUACACCUGCUGAUAAGAGAAUUCCACGAAUUCGGAUAGAGACCAGACAGGCCUCUGCUCUAGAGGGACGGAGAAUCAUUGUCGCUGUUGACGGUUGGCCCAGAAAUUCUAGAUAUCCAAAUGGACACUUUGUAAAAAAUUUAGGUGAUGUUGGAGAGAAAGAGACGGAAACAGAAGUUUUGCUGCUUGAGCAUGAUGUCCCUCAUCAGCCUUUCUCCCAGGCUGUCCUCAGCUUCCUGCCAAAGAUGCCCUGGAGCAUCACUGAGAAGGACAUGAAAAACCGAGAAGACCUGAGACACCUGUGUGUUUGCAGUGUAGACCCUCCAGGAUGUACCGACAUAGAUGAUGCCUUGCAUUGUAGAGAACUCAGCAACGGGAAUUUGGAGGUUGGUGUUCAUAUUGCUGAUGUUAGCCACUUUAUCAGGCCAGGAAACGCGUUGGAUCAAGAAUCAGCCAGAAGAGGAACAACUGUUUAUCUCUGUGAAAAGAGGAUUGACAUGGUUCCAGAGCUGCUUAGCUCUAACUUAUGCUCCUUAAGAUCCAACGUUGACAGGUUGGCAUUUUCCUGUAUUUGGGAAAUGAAUCAUAAUGCUGAAAUCUUAAAAACAAGAUUUACCAAAAGUGUCAUUAAUUCAAAGGCUUCUCUUACAUACGCUGAAGCACAGAUGAGAAUUGAUUCAACAGCCAUGAAGGAUGAUAUUACCACGAGUCUCCGUGGACUAAAUAAACUAGCUAAAAUUCUUAAAAAAGGAAGGAUUGAAAAGGGGGCUUUGACUCUAUCUUCUCCAGAAGUCCGAUUCCACAUGGACAGUGAAACUCACGACCCAAUAGAUCUGCAGACCAAGGAGCUGAGAGAAACAAAUUCUAUGGUGGAAGAAUUUAUGUUACUUGCAAAUAUUUCUGUGGCAAAAAAAAUUCAUGAAGAAUUUUCUGAACAUGCUCUGCUCCGAAAACAUCCAGCUCCACCUCCCUCCAAUUACGAAAUUCUUGUUAAGGCAGCUAAGUCCAAGAAUUUGGAAAUUAAGACUGAUACAGCCAAGUCCUUGGCUGACUCUCUGGAUCGGGCUGAAUCCCCUGAUUUCCCAUACCUGAAUACUCUACUAAGGAUACUGGCCACUCGCUGUAUGAUGCAAGCUGUCUACUUCUGUUCUGGAAUGGAUAAUGACUUUCAUCACUAUGGCUUAGCCUCCCCAAUAUACACACAUUUCACUUCUCCCAUCAGAAGAUAUGCAGACAUAAUUGUUCAUCGGCUGUUGGCUGUGGCUAUUGGGGCUGAUUGUACUUAUCCAGAGUUGACAGACAAACACAAGCUUUCAGAUAUAUGUAAAAACCUCAAUUUCCGGCAUAAAAUGGCUCAGUAUGCUCAACGUGCAUCGGUAGCUUUUCAUACCCAGUUGUUUUUCAAAAGCAAAGGAAUAGUAAGCGAAGAAGCCUAUAUUCUCUUUGUAAGGAAAAAUGCAAUUGUGGUGUUAAUUCCAAAGUAUGGCUUAGAAGGUACAGUGUUUUUUGAAGAAAAAGAUAAACCAAAGCCACGGCUUACUUAUGAUGAUGAGAUACCAUCACUCAGAAUAGAAGGUACAGUGUUUCAUGUGUUUGAUAAAGUUAAAGUGAAAAUCACAUUAGAUUCAUCAAAUCUUCAACAUCAGAAAAUCCGCAUGGCCCUUGUAGAACCACAGAUACCAGGAAUAAAUAGUCCUCCUGAUGUUUCAGACAUGGAUCUUAAUGGACCAGAGGAAAAGAAGAGGAAACUUGAGAAAUAGCUACAUUCAACAGAAAACUUAAAAGACUGGUUACCUUAGACAACAGCAACAAAAUUGAAAGCAAACUUAGAAGCUCAUGUGUGUGAUAGCUUUUAAAUACAUUUCAAUAAUUUUAAGAAAUUUGCAUUUUUAUUGAGUUGCUGACUGAAUCUUUUAUAAUACUGUGCUUCUGCAACAACAAUUAUGCAGAAACAUUCAUUUGACUAUCCAUCACUUCCAUGGUGACAAGAGCAG